AAGCAGGUUCUGUCUGCAGCCUCCUUGUUUAACCUGCUUGAGCUUGCUGUGUGGUUGGAUACAAGUAUGGAAAAGUUAGCAUAAGUGACAUCUAAUUAGUUGUUGAGAGUGAACUGUAUAAACUCGUCUCAACUUGACCAUGUAAUAUUUGAUACAGUUACAAUUUGAAUCUUGUUACAUUUAACAUAUACCUAUCUAUAAAGUAGACUAUUAGAAAUUAGAAAAUACUAAAAUAUCCCAACUCUCCAUACUGUACAGAAAGCUCUUUAAAUCUGCUACAUUAAUCAUUUUAGGUGAAACUCACAGCAAAUAAAAUUGUGCAUGCUUAUUGAUAGGAGUGUGAUUAGUUAGUAUAUAGUGUGAUGAUUUUACUUAUUUGAUGCUGAUAUGUUCUUUGUUCCUUCAAAAGAAUUUAAAAAAGUUAUCAUCUUUAUUGAUACAAAUACAGUACUCUCCUUUUUCUAGUUCAUAGAAUAGGGAUCCUACUUAUACUUUAUACUCAACUGCUUGUCAAAGUUGAGUCUCUUGAGUUAUCUGUUGACAAGGGUGCAGAUUUUCAAAGCCAUACUGUAGGCAGAUUAAGUCUUCAGGCUUUUGGCAAAAGAUAAAAGAAAGCCACUACGUAAAUCUUCUUUUCUUGUCACCUUGUGUCACGUUCAUGCAGGUGUUUUUAUUGUGGUGGCUCCAUACAGGAAGACGUAGGCCCUGAAACCAUAACAAAGACAAGACAAUUACAGGGAGGACGAGAAAUAUGUGGGUGGGCAGAUUAAGUCUUCAGGCUUUUGGCAAAAGAUAAAAGAAAGCCACUACGUAAAUCUUCUUUUCUUGUCACCUUGUGUCACGUUCAUGCAGGUGUUUUUAUUGGAUUACCGUUUAGUACGAGGAGCGGUAAGGAGGUAUAUUUGCAUGGAGAAAGUGGAGGAAAAUGUCACCUCACCAUUUGGGAACACCCUUCAUCACAAUGAGAACACGACACAUGGUCAGUUUGCCUUCACAACAACUGAGGCUGGCAACUAUCUAGCUUGUUUUUGGGUUGAAGAUGGUCAUAAUCCAGGAGGUAAGAGCUUAAAUGUUGGCCUUGACUGGAAAACCGGAAUUGCUGCCAAGGAUUGGGAAUCAGUUGCCAGAAAGGAGAAGAUAGAGGGUAUUGAACUUGAGCUGAGAAAGCUUGAGGGAGCUGUGGAGGCCAUUCGUGAAAAUUUGAUUUACUUAAAGACCAGAGAAGCAGAGAUGCGGGCGGUUAGUGAAAUAACUAACACGCGGGUGGCUAGCUUUAGUCUUGCAUCCUUGGGAGUCUGCGUCCUGGCAGCGGUUUUACAAAUUUUGUAUCUGAAGCGAUAUUUCCAAAAGAAGAAGCUAAUUUAGACUUUCUUUAGUUGAAGUUGUUCUUCACUUGAUCAUUUCAGUGGACAUUGUUGUUGACUUGUUGUACAUUCUCUGAAACAGUCUUGCUUAUUUAAGCAGCAGAAUUCUCUCGACUUUUGAUUACAGGUUCAUCUGAAUUCAUAAUUUUCAACACAAAGUGUGUGUAUGUCUAUAUUAAUUAUGUGUGAGUAAAAA